AUGAGUAUAUGGUAUAUUAUUGUUGUUAUCGUCUUCUUUGCAUCGUUACUCGUUGCAAAGAACAUGAAAAAGAACAAGAAGAAUCUACCUCCUGGACCACCAAGACUUCCUAUAAUUGGAAACUUGCACCAACUAGGAUCCAAACCCCAACGUUCCAUGCUAAAACUAUCUGAAAAGUAUGGACCUCUAAUGUCUCUUAAGUUUGGAAACGUGUCCACCGUGGUGGCUUCAGCUCCAGAGACGGUGAAGGACGUCUUAAAAACAUUCGACGCAGAGUGUUGCUCUCGACCUUACUUGACGUACCCUGCAAGAGUUUCUUACAACCAAAACGACCUAGCCUUUUCUCCUUAUAGCAAGUACUGGAGGGAAGUGCGGAAGAUGACGGUUCUUGAACUCUACACCGCGAAAAGGGUUUUAUCGUUUCGACAUAUAAGAGAAGAAGAAGUUGCUUCCUUGGUGGAGUUCAUAAAGGAAUCUGCUUCAUUAGGGAACAUAGUUAACUUGAGCAAGAGGUUAAUGAAACUGUCUGGGAGUGUGAUUUGUAGAGUAGGGUUUGGGAUAAAUCUCAAAGGGAGCAAACUCGAGGAUACUUAUGAGGAAGUUAUUCGCGAUACCAUGGAAGUGUUGGGGAGUUUUGCAGCAGUGGAUUACUUCCCUGUUGUUGGUCGACUCAUUGAUAGGGUUACGGGGUUACAUAGCAAAUGUGAAAAAGUUUUUAAAGCAUUGGAUGCAUUUUUCGAACAAUCUAUUAAGCAUCACGUGGAAGAUGAGAGUCUUAAAGAUGAUAUCAUUGCCUUGCUACUAAAAAUGGAAAGAGGAGAAGCUGGACUUGGAGAGUUUCAACUCACUCGAAACCACACCAAAGGGAUUCUUCUAAAUGUUCUUAUUGCUGGAGUAGACACUUCUGGCCACACAGUAUCAUGGGCGAUGACACAUUUGAUUACAAACCCAAGAGUUUUAAAGAAAGCACAAGCCGAGGUGAGAGAAGUGAUCAAGAACAAAGACAAUAUCACAGAAGAAGACAUAGAACAACUCGAGUAUCUCAAAAUGGUGAUUAAAGAAACGUUAAGGAUAAACCCACUUGUGCCACUUCUAGUUCCAAGAGAGGCUUCAAAAGAUAUAAAGAUCGCAGGUUAUGACAUUCCAAAGAAAACAUGGAUCCAUGUCAACAUUUGGGGUGUUCAUAGGAAUCCAAACGUUUGGAAUGAUCCAGAAGCGUUCAUCCCUGAAAGGUUUAUGGACAAUGAGAUUGACUAUAAGGGUUUGAACUUUGAGUUGUUGCCGUUUGGAAGCGGAAGGAGGAUGUGUCCUGGUAUGGGGAUGGGUAUGGCUUUGGCACAUUUGACACUUAUCAACCUUCUUUAUCGAUUUGAUUGGAAGCUUCCGGAUGGAAUGGAGGUAAAAGAUGUUGAUCUUGAAGAAGCAUAUGGGCUUGUGUGUCCUAAGAAAACUCCACUUCAAGUUAUCCCAGUCCUUACCCAAUGGAGUUAA